GGCGAAGGGCACCAGACCCGAUUUCUCCCAACUUAGCCACACACUACACCUGACCUAGAGUUUCGUAGAACUUCGGGAAACUACGACCCGGCACAUAUCACGACAGCGCCAUUUCUGUCAGCGCGGCGCCUGUGGCGACCCCUUCAAACAAAAUUUUGUUUUAAUUCGUGCGUCUUCUGCAGCGAUAAUAAAAUAAACUGCGAAAACAAUUUUGAGGCACGAAAAAUAUCCGUAGCAGCGAGCUAAACAGCGUGAAUAAAAUGUUACGAGCACUGUAGCUGCAGCGUGCACUGCGCUCUGCUGCUCACCCAACGUUUUCAAGGGCAGCGGCUCCACGUUUGCAGGAGGCUUCCCCGCCGACGAUGGCAUGAGGCACGAGAGCUGGCCGGCGGGCGGUGGCCGCCAGUACCGCUGCCCGACGGCGGGCUGCGGCCGCCUCUUCAGCUCCAAGUUCAAGCUGCUGCGGCACGCGCUGAUCCACGGCGGCGAGCGGCCCUUCCAGUGCCCGUCGUGCGAGCGCCGCUUCCACCGCAAGGACCACCUCAAGACGCACCAGCAGGUGCACGACCCCAACAAGGCGCUGCACACGUGCGCGCUGUGCGGCAAGAAGUACAGCUCGGCGCUCUCAUUCCGCAAGCACUCGGCACUGCACGCGGCCGAGGCCGGCGACCCCGUCUGCCGGCUGUGUGGCGCGGCGUUCGCGCGCCGCGAGGACGUCCUGCUGCACCUCAAGGUGCACUCGGGCGCCUCGUCGCGGCUCGUCAAGCCACCCACCGAGCGCCGCUUCAAGUGCGACCGCUGCGAGCGCUCUUUCUUCACGCGCAAGGACGUCAAGCGUCACCUGGUGGUGCAUACAGGCCAGCGCAACUUCCAGUGCCAGUUCUGCCCGCAGAAGUUUGGCCGCAAGGACCACCUGGUCCGCCACACCAAGAAGACGCACCACGGCCAGGUGGCUGCUGCCCCCUGGACGACAACCUUCGUGCCUUCUUCGGCUAGCGUCGUCUCGGCGGCCACUCUGACCGAGGAGCAGCCGCCGUCGCAUCACCAUCGCCCACCUCUGCCACAAACCAAUUCGACCCUCUUGCUGACGGCAGGUUACUGUGGCGGGCCUAGCGUUAUUGCAGCCCCGCCACCCCCACUGCCGCACUUCAGCCAGGCCUUCCAGUAGAGCCUUUCCUCAGGUGUCUGCUCUGAAAAGCUUUGACAACAGCUGCCUGGUGCUAUUCUUUUUGCCAGUGAUAAGCCAGGCAUCCCAGUAGACAAGCAACCCCCUCCCCUUUUUUUUCUUUUCAUUUAUGUUGUUGCACUGAAAUCCUCCACUAGCCUUGCUUCCAGUAUGGGCUGGUCACUUUGGCUGCAAAACAAAACCUUGCUGCAUCAGAGCAGCGGUACUCAGUAGCAUCAUCAAACACAUGCCCAGAUGGCAGGCCAUGACGCAUGUUUAGACAUUUUCUUGCCAUUCACAGUAGUAAAAAUGAAUGGCAACUGCAUUUCAGUGGGUUCCAGAAGCUAGUUCAGCACCCAAUUUUUUCUGUGUCUUGCUACAUCUGGUAAAUUCAUUGGCAUGUAGAGUAAUUUCUAAAUAUGACCCAAUAGUGACAUUGGGUCCAAUAGCAAGAGAGUUGCAUCUUGUCUUGCCAAUGUUAAGACUGGGCUCAAAUUGUUUCAGGCCGUGAGCUCUGGUUAUAAGUGCCUUAAAUCUCCUCACUUUAUGGCAUCCAGUCCCUCAGCAAUGCUGAUUAAAGUCACAACUGUACUAUGCCAGUGUUUGUUCUGAAAAAUGUGUCCUUGCACAUUUGUGAAACAAAGUCGUCCACUUAUUGUAAGGCCUGUGAUGAUGGUGCAAGAGACACAGCAGAACUUCUAGAUCUCUUUAGCCUUGUCUAGUGUAACUAAUCCUUUCCAUACUGCAAUAACUGUGCCAAGUGAAGUAUAAAGCACCAAGAUCAAGGCACAUACGUGAACGCAACAAGUAUUUUGUUUGUGUGUGCACUCUCCUUUUAUAAUGUUCUGCGUACUGCAGUUAUUAGAAUAUCAUAUCAAUUAGUGUUGUUUAUUGCACAGACCCUGUUUUUAAGAUUUAGGUAUGCCACACAUAAAGCGACCAGCAUCUAGGUCGUGGAAGCUUCACCCCCAUCCUAUAUAUACUUCAGUUGCAAUGCUCAGAUCUGGUCACGUUACUUCAGGCUGCCUUUCAAGAAUGAGAAUUGGAAAGACAAAUACUCACACUCCUGCAUUGUGAGCUCAUGCUUGCUUAGUAUAGCAUUCCAAGCAGUUCUUGCUGGAGUCAAGUGCCAAUCACAUGACAGGAAUAGGAGUAAAGGACAUUUAGAACUUGGGAGUCUGGUGCCUAAAGCUGGUUUGGAAUACCAGUGCUCAGUUGUCAUUGCCUUUCAGUAUGUCCAAAUCUAGUAGGCCAUCCGUUUUCAUGCACCUAAUGUGCUGCUACCUCAAGAUGGUGUUAAGUGCCACAGGAGUGUGUUUUUUCGUACUCCUGUUGGUGGUAACACAGUUUGUUUUGUGUGUACCUGAAUAUACCGGUGAGAGUCGAGUCAACAUUGGCCCAUGGAAACCUUGAAAAAGGGAGGGAAGUUUAAUUUGUGCAUGCUGAAACAUCAGCAGCUUGCGUGGCAUUCAGGCACCACCACGUGUUCAGAUUGUGUACCUGUUUUACUCUGUAGCUCUUUUACACAAGUAUUUUACAAGUCUUUUUAUAUAGCCAUAUAUGUUGCCUUAUACACACAUUCAUAUUUUAUGUUUACACGAGUGUUGACUACCUGCAGGGGAGAUCUGCCUCUACUCCCGGUGAGAUUCCGGUGUCCCCGUUUUCAAAACCAGUGAUGUGUUCACUUUUGUGCCUUUUCUGCACCCUGUCUUAGCCAAGGAGGGCUUGCUUGCGCUCUGCUUGGGCGCCAAGGUUGCAAUAUAUAUAUAUAUAUAUAUAUACGGGUCUGAAUCUUGUACCUGCAUUUAUACCACUCAUGCCAUUGUUCUUGUUUCAUAGCAAAGUGGUGUACCUCAUGCCUAUUGUGUGGCUGUUGCUAUGCUCUCUGCAUAAAUGCCCAUUUUUUUAGAACCUGACCAUGCAAACUACAGUCAACUUGUGAUAAUUCAAACUGUUGGUAAUGCAAUAGCCCAACUAAUUUUAUGUUUUUGUUGGCCUACCACAUUUUCAGUGCAUUUUCCACCCUUUAUGGCUUACCUUGUCCAUAACAGUAAUUGUCAUCUGUGUUGCGCACCGGGUAUUUCCAGGCCAUGAAUUACAUGCGCGUUAUCAAACGAGAAGAAAGGGGGUUAACCGAGGGGCCCGAUUUUUAUUGGUCAUAUCAUAAGAAGCCAACAAACACUGACACCAAGGACAACAUAGAGGAAAUUACUUGUGCUUAAUAAAUGAAAUAAAGAAACGAUAAAUUAUUGGAAAUUAAAGUGGAUGAAAAAACAACUGGUCGCAGGUGGGACCCGAAGCCACAACCUUCGUAUUUCGCAUGCGAUGCUCUACCAAUUGAGCUACCGUGGCGCCGUUUCCCCAUCCACUUUCUUGCGUAUUUAUGCGUCCUAGUAGAAACCUGGGAGUGUUAGCCAGCGCCACCACUCACAGACCUUGGCGGCGGACGUGGAACAUCCUUUUUGCCGCAGGCGUCACGAGAACAUGAUCUUUUUUUGGGUGAAGGCAACUGGUCAAUAAACCCACACAUGCUGCCUGAAGGCAUCGAUGUUGCCGGAUUCGAGACCCUCGUUAGAUUAAUUUAUUGUUUCUUUAUUUCAUUUAUUAAGCACAAGUAAUUUCCCCUAUGUUGUCCUUGGUGUCGGUGUUUCUUGGCUUCUUAUGAUAUGCAGAUUAUCAGCGUGACAUAGCAUUCUCUACAGGAAAGUAGCGAGCGCAGAUUUUCAAGAAACGCAAGGCAGAUGACGAUUACUGUUGUAGGGCAAGAUAACCCUCAAGGGGUGCACUUUUUUUAAGAGUGUAUAAUUCGAAUUAUGCUUUUGGUGGCCGUCAGAUUAAGUUCCUUGGCUUCAUAGUGCAGAGCAGACUGGCCCAAAGCGGAGCCCAUCAGCACAUUCACUGUGCCUAAGGUUGGUGUUUCAGGUUGCUGAAGGGCCGGGUACAAUGCAACAAUUUGCUUUACGUGAUUUUUUUCGCCUCUCAUGACUGGCUGAUCAAGCUCAUAUAAUGUAGACAGGGCACCACUCAAAUAGGAAAAGAAUUGGAAUAGAAUCGUUAUAUCAUCCCAGCCUAUGUCAGCCAGCACUGUAACAAAAUGGUGUCCGCAAACCUGCAAUGCACUCGGUGCUCUGAUAUCCAGUGAUUCUGUUGUAUGUAUAUCAAUUUGCACAUUAUUUUUAUCCUGAAUGGCACUUUAUUCAUUCAGAUAAUGCUGACAAAAGAUCUGUGCCCUAGUAGAUUGAAUUAAUGCCAGUACAACUGUAUCACGUAAUUGCAUACACCCAAUGUUAGAAAUAUCAUUUGUACCUGAUGAAUGGACAUUACAUGUAUAAAGUUCAUAAAAGUGUUGUAAGGAGUGAAGCAUCUGAUGAAUUGCUCUUAAUUUGGUGCUAGGAACAGCCGACCUUUAGGCUAGUUGGUUGGACACAUAGCACUCUUCCUUGUAAUCAUUUGAUACAUUUAGCUGUUGCAACAGCAUUCGAAUUUCAGGGGCGGGUUCAGGGAGUAACUCGGCUAACUAAUGCAUAUUUGACAAAUUAAUGUGUUACAUGCGCUGAUGGACCUCAAAGGCUGCAAGAAUUGAAACUGCAUCUUUGAGCAACACUAGAUGUUGAUUUCAUGUUACCGAUUGCCAUAUCAGGAGCAAGUGUUCAAAAACUUCCGACAAGCGAACAUGGGAUCCUGAAAAUUACAAAUCUACGAUGCAGCAUAGACAAAAUAUUUUUGAUGAAGCUUAGCAGACAGGACCUGCAAAGUGCUCAGAUUAGAAUAUUUAGCUAUUACCUCAUAUGGGCACCUUCUGUGUUUGCCAAAGACAUUGGAGCAAAGGAACGUUCCUGAAAAGGCGUAUCGAAAUAGUUGCUUACUAGUGUACUUGAAGUCGUGCGACUAAUUCAGUGUCACUGUACUCCGAGAUGUCAACAUGCCAAGUGCAGCAUUUUAUUUAAAGUGGCGCUAAAGAGUGCAAUGAUGGUUGUCUUUGCAUAAGGGGAGCACAUAGUAGUCUAGCCUGGUGCAAAACCCAUUUAAAACUAUGCACGCAUUUUGUGGAAUUGAAUCACAAGGGAAGGCUAAACCUUGCUUCUCAAAUCGGAGCAAUAUUCUUCAUGAAUUAAUUUAAUGCCUAGGCCUCGGAGCCACGUGUAAAUUUGAUUUCUCAUUUAAUUUUUCUUAUCUUGGUUUCCACAUUCUUUGUUCAUUGCAUUGCCACUCAUGGCGAGGCUGGUCUAUUUGCACUUCAAUGCGCAACCCUUUAGGGUUCAUUAAAAUUUGUCUGGAUUCUCAAUACGAAGUCUCGGAAAAGUACAUAUUUUGCCAAAACACAGCCCUGAAAGGUUGAGAGUGUCAAUACAGUUUAUUGCUCAAUAUGUUACACAUUGACUGAAAGUUGUUGUGUAACUGCUCAUAUUUUGUUUCAGAAAAAAAAAAAAAAAAAUCUUGCAGUGUGUGAGAGAAGAAAGACAGUGGCAUUAAGCACAGACUUGUACCUAUGAAUUUAUUCAUGAAUGGUCGUUUUUAUAUGCAUUCACAACUUAUGGGUGUGCGGGCAUUUCAUUUAAUGUUCUUUUUUCCCUGCUUUACCCUCUGGAACAGCCUGCUUAAUUUAGCAAAUUGCAAUAGCCUGCAAAUCUACCUGGAACCAAUUCCACUGCAAAGCUAAAAUGUACAUGAUGAACCCUGAAAUCAAGUUACAUACCAAGAGGUCAGCACACUAGAAGUGUUUCUUAGUUUGUUGCUGAACAAAAUGCUUUUUCUUCACAAACUUGGGUAGGGACAUAUGACUUACAGAAGUUUUCUGGGGUCACAAAUCAGCACAGAACAAUCAGAAGAGUAUAUUUGGGAUGCAUAUAAAAGCUUCCUUACUUGAAUAAACCCAGGUUUGGUGGUUAUGCCUCACCUUGUUGGUCAGUUGGGUUUUGUUGCACAUUUAACUACCUUUAUCGACACAGGUUAGUGCAUUUAGAUUUUCUGUGAAGUUCAAAUCUUGCUGUGCUUAUAUAACACAAGCUGUGCACUUAGUAAAAAAACUCAUUAUGUUCUGUAUACAAAUUGCUCGUCUGUCAACCACCACCUUUGCAGUAUUGUAUUUGUCCAGUGAUAUAACCAAAGAUAUCACAACAGCACAGUUCAUUUCUUUUGAAGUAGAAGUCCCUUUCUUUUUUCAUGCCCAAAAGACAAGCUGGAAAUAUAUUUUUACAGCUGAAAGCAGCUGUGUUAGAAAAUUCAAACAAGGGGCCACAUAUCUGCGUUUCUAACAUUUUGCAUACUGGCCAGUCAUGCAGUAGAAUGACAACACUUUUUUGUGUGCAAUGAAGCGACAAUAAAACUGAGCACGACUUGAAAUCUGGUCUGAAAGCAUCACAUGAAUGUGCAAUUCUCAAGUAUAUGGGGUGAAGUAAUGGGUAUUCUUAGGGAAUGAACAGCAUCUUAACUUGACCUGCAAAUGCUCACUUUGUUGGCCAUCUUUCAGUUAGCUGUACCAUUUCUCUAGAUAUACAUUAAUGCAUGGACGUUCAAAGACGGGGCACACAAUCAAAGCUACUUGAACUACCCAAGGCACUGUCUUGCAGUGAAGUUAAAUGGAAUGGCUAAACUUAAUCUAGCAAGAAACUCACUGAUUGUCAGAUGCACUGUUGAAAAGCAAUUAAACAUCAAUGCAAUUGUAUUCGAAGCCAACUUGUUUUCUACAUUUGUGCAUGCUAUUCAUUGUUUGCAUACUGCUGCUAGGACUGUUCCACACAUGGAGAUAGCAUCUCCUACUAUUGAGUUCCAAGAGCCCAGUGUUCGCAACAGUGAUGUGAGAAAAGUUUCUCAAUGUAUUGUGCAUGACAACGUACUUCACUUGGAAGGGGUUAGUGUGCAGCAAGACUUAACUGAUCUAACAAAGAAACCCCUUGCAGUGUGCAGGGCCAUUUUCAGCAGCCCUCCUUGGCUGGUUGCAGAUGUACCUGAGCCCUUGUAUAGAAAGAGGGCACCCCCCCCCCCUAGUCACCCCCAGACAACUGCCACAAGUGGCAGCUGGGGCUGGCCAUAAAGCAUGCUCAUCACAAGUGCCUUCCUAUUUUGCCCGUACCUUGUGUAGUCCCGGUGUCAUGUUCGUUUUUUAUACAAUAAACAUACUCCCAAUCAA